UGUCAAAUUGCGUUUCCUAAAAAGUGAGAUUCCUACCUGUAGAAAACGUUUAUGAGAAAAUCUGAAUCGAUCGAAGUUGGGCUGUUUGAAUUUUUCAACUAUUUGGAAUGUUGAAAAACAAAAGGAGAAAAUAAUACUGUUACUCUACCGACCCAAACAUAAACAUCAAACAAAAACAUGUAGUAUCAAGCUAAUCUUGGUAAUUCCAAUCGGUGUUUUAAAUUUUAUUUCAUCAUUUUUUCAUUUUUUUUUUGUUACCUUUUCAGAAUAUUGUCAUAAUUUUGGCCUCUUUUAUUGUGCUCUAAAGUUACAAUUUUGGCGGCAGACUUGGUAACUAGCUUAAUUAAAUUGACGUAAAUCUUAUUUUGCCGGCCACUUUAAAUAAACUGAAAUUGGAAAUUAAAACAAACACUAAAGAAAAAAGAAAUAAACAAGUUACAAGCUGGAAGUGUGCCGUUAUAUGUGGAAAGAACGUUGCUUUUUACUGCCGCUUUAAGGGGAAAUUAGACAGUCCUCAUUUGAUUUCAACUAAAGCUGAAACACAUAAGGCAAUAGUAGUAAUAAACAAAAUAAAAGACACCAUUAUUUCUUUCGUUUUUUUAAAAUUAUUCAUUGUUGAUUUUGUAAACAUGAGAAGUACAGUGUCAGCGAAACCUUUGAACAGCAUAAACUUGAAAUUAAAUCACAAAAUAACAAACAUCGAGAAACCACUCAUCACAUACUAAGCGACUACUUGUCGCCACUAAUAUAAUACUAAUAAAUACAAACCUGCCCGCAAGCUAGACAAGAGAAAAGAACAUCUCAAUCUAACUAUCAUCUGUCAUUUUAUAUUCGUUUUUCCAACCACCUUCAAGCGAGUAGCGACUGAUAUUUUAUUUUGUUGCAUUUAACGCUUCCCCUUUAAGGUAGCAGUGUAUUAAAUAAUCAUUACUUGAAUCGCAAUACGUGAUGCACUUAAUCACAACAAGUACACACAACCGAUCAAUUGAGUUUGUACGUGCAUGUCUUGUUUGUUAGGAGUCUGCGGGGGCUUUUCAUAAAAUACAACGUCAAAGAAAGAUAACGAUAAGUAACAAUUGGACGGCGAAGACAUGCACAAACAGACGAUAAAAAAAACAAAAAACAAAAAAAAACCAAAAACAUUGAACAGGAACUGAUUAAGUAACAAUCAAAAUACUAUACAGGCAAAAACUAACGAGUUAGUUUUUGCCUGUAUAUGUUUAUCUAAAUCACUGUUGAUUAGAAUCAAAAUAAUAGCGGCUAGUUCACCGUGAGGAGACUUUAGGGCUGAAUAGAACUGACACAAUUAAGUUUGUGUGCUUUUUUUCUUUCAGAGAGAAGUGACAAAUUUUUUACAAGCUUAUCACGAGAUCAUUGCUGUAUGCAAUCAGUGUUUGCAUCUUAACUGAAGAAGAAAAAGAUGAAAACAAGAUUUAAUAGUUCUGGUACACCGGGAGAAUUCCCAACCCUAAAUUCAUCAAUGACAAACUGGAACACGGCGACAACGCAGGAUUCCGAAUUGAUGACGGCAGAUUUGAGAGCGCUUAAGCUGACUCUGUACGUGAUUAUCUUCCUUGUAAGUGCAGUCGGUAAUUCUCUUGUCUGCACAGUUAUUUUACGAAGGAAAAAGAUGAAAACAGUCACAAACUACUUCAUAUUGAACCUAGCCAUUGCGGACUUGACACUGACUUGCAUCUGUAUUCCUUUCGAUAUUCCCGUGCAAGAAAUGAACAACAAAUGGCCAUAUGGGGCGCUGCUGUGUAAAGUUAUAUACCCACUACAAACGUCGGCACUUUUUGCAUCCAUAUACACCCUAACGGCUGUCAGCUUAUCGCGUUACUGGGCGAUAAACCACCCACUUCGUCAGCAGCUUACCAUCAAAAACGCCAAAUGGAUCAUCUUCGGAAUAUGGAUUGCGUCGCUGAUUUCGGUCACACCGUACACGAGCGUCUUGAAAAAGAACGAUGAAUCAGGCCAGUGCGACGAGAAUUGGCCUAGUGCGAGUGCAAGAAAAACUUACACGGCUUGCCUAUUUGUCUUUGAAUACCUCUUCCCGUUGACCGUAAUUGCGGGUGCAUACGUCAGCAUCGGUUGGGAGCUUGCCCGACGCGCAAGGAACGGCAAUCGUUACUUGCAAGAUCUUCAAGCGGACGAAGCGAAGAAAGUCGUGCGCAUGCUUAAAGUAGUGACGCUGAUGUUUGCGGUGUGCGUUUUGCCAACCAACGUUAUGUGGCUUUGGCUGGACUUUGGCAACGCUGCUCAAUACGAUAAAUUCUGGGACCUUGUUGCUUUCUGCAACAUAAUAACGUUUGCAAACAGUGCAGCCAAUCCAAUUUGCUAUACCAUCCUAAACGAAAGCUAUCGUAAUGCGUUCAAAGAUCAUCUGUCAAAAAUAUUUUACAAGAUCGUCGGAAGGCCUACUGGGGUUCGAGAGGAAUUUGCGAACAUCGCUGAGGGCCAAAAGAAAACUCGAACUGCUACAAUGAGUUCUGCUUUGUUAUAACCAUAAAAAAGGUCUGCUUUUUCUUUGUCCUUGGGCCCUGCUAUGAAAUCCUCACAUUCUGUAAGACACAAUCCAUUAACAUUUGGCAUUUCAUGCCAGCCAUCGGUGCUACCCUCUGUACACCCCCAGGAAUUCUUGACUGCUGUACAUUCAACUUAUGAAUAUUCGUUUUUAACAUCGUGGUGGACACCGUAAAGCGUAAUUUGAUGAGGUUGUUUCUUUCAGUCUUAUGCAUAAUCUUACUUUAUUAUUUUUAUUAUUAUUAUUAUUUUUUUAGAUCAGCUCUGUAAAAAGAAUACUGACCAGGGCGUCCGUACGACAUUUUUUGGGGAACUAAGUCAUGUUGCCAAGCAAUAUAUUGGC